AUGGUGCACCCAAAUACUCACCGCUCAACAGCGCUGCUCGUGCUGGUUGCUCUGGCACAUGUGGUGCACCAUAGCUUCGUAGUUGCUGCCUUUCCGGCACUUCGGGUUCAGAGCUCCUUGCGCCCUUCUGGCAUUGUUGGCGAUGAGAAGUCCUAUGCCCGUCAGUUGGAUGGCAACUUUUUCGCUGAUGUCAAGAACGGUAGCUUGUUCCUUCAAGCUUUGGAGGAAGAUGCCCGGGAGAAGCAGGUGGAUGCAGAUGCUCACCUAAACAGUAUUGAUCGAAAGGCCACCGAGUUCAUGAAGGGUGGGUCGAACAGACAGCGCAAGAUAGUGGACCGCGAAGCCUUUAUAGAGGCACUCAAAAAGGCGGUCUACAAAGACGGCCUGCUCACCUUGGUCUUGGGUGGCAAGAGCGUCGGGAAGACGUUGGUUGCCUCGUAUGUGGCGGACAAAGUCAGACAGGCACAAGGUUCAUCUCGAACCGUCGUCUUGGCAAACCUGCGAAGGGGGGGAGAGACUGACUUUUACCAAGCAGUUUUUGGCGCCGCUGCGGAACAGCAAGGUCUGGCCGAAAAGCUCCCCAGCUUAUUCAAAGAAGUUGCCACGAUAGCAAGCGGCUUGGCCGCAGCAGCGGAAAACCUCAACGCGGCCACUGCGCCAUUAGCAGCAAGUGUCCGUAGCAUCAUCGGCAUAAUGCAACCUGAACUGAAAGCAUUGACUUUCUCCAAGCUGGUGAAGAGUAUCCAAGAGACCGGCAACGACACCACCAUCAUCAUCGACGAAGCGAACCUCGCGCUCCCCAACGACGGCAACGAUGCCAAAGCAGAGACAGCCAAGACUGCUUUGGCUCAGAUCACCGGCGAAACCAAGGAGGCCUUCCAAGCCUCGGUCAUCCUCAUCAGCUCCGAGCACGGCUACCCCUACAAAUUGACCAAAGCCGGUCUCAACCUGGUGGACAUCAAGAAUAUUAUCAUCGCUCCGGAAGUGCCGCCGGUCGACAUGUUCAAGAUGCUCACCGGCCACUGGGGCAUGGGGCCGAGACUGGCGCGCGACCAGUUCUAUCCGCUGCGCACUACAUCCGUUCCGGGCAUAGGCAACUGCUUGGUAAAGGAUGAUGCCCGCGAGCACCUCAUCAAUAUCGCGCUGGAUGGCUUUUCGCCCGUGUCGGACUAUGAGACUGAUGAAGGUGCAAUCAGAGCAUCAGCCAAGAACGUGGCGGGCAUCAUUCCCGGCGAGGCCCAAGCGCCGGGUCUGUGGCCCGAUGUUUUCCACGAGACCGAUGAGAAGUACAUCCUGGUGGCCUCCACGCACCAUGUCCGAUUGUUGAUUUGCGAGGGCUACAUCCAGAACAACGGUGGCAACUUAGCGAGGGUUUCACCCAAUACUAGUUCAAAUGAUUCAGAUGACAGCCUUGCAUGA